CCCUUUCAAAACCCUAAAAAAGUAAUCACAACGCUCCAAUUUUCAAAAUUUGAACUAGGCGCCCUUGACAUCUCUCCCAGAUCUCAUCUCCUUCUUUCUCUUAGUUCUCGUUGCCUCUAUUAACAAACCACAAAUCAAUCGAAGAUGGGCGGGGCUCACAGUCGCGAAGAUCUGGAGAUCUCCGAUUCCGAAUCUGAAGAAGAAGAAAACUACCAAGACGUUGUAGAAGAAGAAGAAAAUGGAGAGAGAUCUUCAGAGCGGAGAACCAAGACUCCCUCGUCGCUCGACGAAGUCGAAGCCAAGCUCAGAGCCCUUAAGCUCAAGUACCCCUCUCAAAACCACCCAAUUCUCCCUAACGCCGUCAAGCUCUAUCUUUACAUUGGGGGAAACACACCCAAAGCCAAGUGGGUUACUUCAGAAAAACUCACUUCUUAUUCCUUUCUCAAGACUUGUGGAAAUGGCGGCUCAGACGACGAUGAGCAAGAUGAUGAAGAGGGAGGAGAAUCUUGGUGGAUUUUGAAGGUUGGUUCCAAGGUUCGAGCCAAGGUGGCCCUGGAAAUGCAAUUGAAGACUUUCGGGGACCAGUGUCGCGUUGAUUUUGUGUCACAGGGUGUGUGGGCGAUGAAGUUCUUUAGUGAAGAUGAGUACAGGAAUUUUGUUGGUAAAUUUCAGGAUUGUUUGUUUGAAAACACGUACGGAUUUGAAUCAACAGAUGCCAACAAGCUUAAGGUUUAUGGGAAGGAUUUUAUUGGGUGGGUGAAGCCAGAAGUGGCAGAUGAUUCCGUAUGGGAAGAUGCGGAGGAUGGUUACUUGAAAAGCCCUGAUCCGGCAACUCCUGCGAGAGCAAGUCAGGAUUUGAGGGAAGAGUUUGAGGAGGCUGCCAAUGGAGGGGGGAUACAAAGUUUGGCAUUGGGUGCAUUGGACAACAGUUUCUUGGUGAACGAUUCUGGGAUUCAGGUUGUAAAGAAUUUCAGCCAUGGGAUUCAGGGGAAAGGUGUAUUUGUGAAUUUUGAUAAUGGGAAUCGUAGAGGUGGUUUUGGCUUGGAGCAUUCGACACCAAAAAAGGCUCUUCUUAUGAGGGCUGAAACUAAUAUGCUCCUUAUGAGUCCCAUGACUGAGGGGAAGCCCCACACAAGGGGGCUUCACCAUCUUGAUAUUGAAACUGGGAAGAUUGUUACGGAGUGGAAGUUUGAGAAGGAUGGGACUGAUAUUACCAUGAGGGAUAUUACAAAUGACAGUAAGGGAGCCCAGAUGGAUCCUUCGGGAUCCACAUUUUUAGGAUUAGAUGACAACAGGCUCUGUCGGUGGGAUAUGCGUGAUAGAAAUGGGAUGGUUCAGAAUCUAUCAGAUGCUAGUACCCCUGUAUUGCAUUGGACCCAAGGUCAUCAGUUCUCUCGGGGUACCAACUUUCAGUGCUUUGCAACAGCUGGGGAUGGAUCAAUUGUUGUUGGGUCUAUUGACGGGAAGAUCCGACUGUAUUCAAACAACACUAUGAGGCAGGCAAAAACUGCUUUUCCUGGCCUUGGUUCACCUAUCACUCAUGUGGAUGUUACAUUUGACGGGAAGUGGAUAUUGGGCACAACAGACACCUAUUUGAUCCUCAUCAGCACUCUUUUCAUUGACAAAGAAGGAAGGACAAAGACUGGUUUUGCUGGGCGUAUGGGGAAUAGAAUCUCAGCCCCAAGAUUGUUGAAGCUCACUCCUUUGGAUUCGCAUCUCGCUGGAGUAAACAAUAAGUUCCGCGGUGCUCAGUUUUCGUGGGUCACAGAGAAUGGGAAGCAGGAGCGCCACCUGGUUGCCACAGUAGGAAAGUUUAGUGUGAUAUGGAAUUUUCAACAGGUGAAGAAUGGCUCCCAUGAGUGCUACCAUAAUCAGGAGGGCCUGAAGAGCUGUUACUGCUACAAAAUUGUUCUCAAAGAUGACUCCAUAGUUGAUAGCCGCUUCAUGCAUGACAAAUUUGCUGUCAGCGAUUCUCCUGAGGCUCCACUUGUGGUUGCUACCCACAUGAAAGUGAGCUCCUUCAGUAUAUCCAGCAAGCGAUGACAUUCCAAAACAUGUCCCUUAUGUUACUUUAAUUCAUCUUUAGAACUUUUGGAUUGUACUUUAUGUAGCUGCUUUGCUACUUGAAAUGUUUUCAAGAAUGACUUUCCUAACUGUAAUAUGAUUUCGUACAUGUUUGUAACUCAUUGCAAGCCCAGCAAUUUUAUUAUGGUAGUAAUUUCCAAAGACA